GCGAGCAUGUCGCCGCUCGCAGGCCGGGAGCUGCAGGAAGACAGAGAGAUCCCAAUCCAGGUCUGGGUCUGCCUGAUUCUUAUCGUCUUCGUGCUCGUUGCAAUGGUCGCCAUUGUUGUGAUGGCGUGCUGCGUCUACCGAGCCUGCUCCCGACGCAUACGGCUUUGCGAGAUCGCGUGCGACGCCAAGCAGUAUCCCCAUCAGUAUCCUGAUUCCCAGAAGUAUCCCUAUCCCAAACCCCAGCAGUAUUAUCAGCAAAGCAGCUACGCCACCGGUCGAGACUACUCGACCCAGCAGUAUCCCGGCGAAUACCCGACCCAAGAGUACCCCAACGACUCCGGCCCCGCUGGCGACGACUUCUUUGACUCUACAAAGAUGCGGGCGCUCAAGGAGGAGGCGCGGCUCGAAUGGUUCAGCUGGGCGGUGGAGGCUGGGAAUGUCGACCUGGCUCGCAGGCUCUACGUGAGCGAGGACGAGCUGCGCCGCGUCGAGGCGAUCGAGGCUGCAGCCGCCGGGCCCGAGGCCGGGCAGGAGGAGUCGCGUCUGCCGGCACCCGACCAUUCCGAGCCGGGGCCUCGUUCCGUCGCGUCAGACACGGACGUCUCGCCGAUGCCGCCGGCGUCCGGCGCCCUCGAGCGGGCACUCGCCCACAACUCGCAGGUCGCUUGGCUCACCACGCAGGAGGAGUCGCAGGCGGCGCAUUCGGCGCCGCCGCCGGGGCCCUCGACACAGGCACUGUCUUCGGCCCUCGAGGAGUUCUCCUCGAAUCUGCGCGGCGAGCACAAGGAUGCCGGGGCGCCCGUGUCCCGCGUGUGACGGGAUCACUCAUGACUCAAACGCAAAAGGGCAUGCGGGCAUGGGGCAUGGGGGUCUCCUUCGAGCAGUGACACCAGCCGUGUGACCCGUGACGACGCGCGUGCGAGAGGCAGACUUGUUUGCGAGAGGUGUGCCAUGGUUGCGAAACACAAUGAAAGCGAUCCGAGGGGUGAGAUUUUAUAUCGCGCCUGAGGCCUGUGUAAGGUAAGGUAAGGUAAGGU